AUGCCUUCAGAUCCAUCAGAAAAGGAGACUGGCCAUACAACAGAUGACCGCGCAUCAAGUCGAGAGACUGAACGUGACAACGAGGACCCUGGACCACCUCACUUACUGAAACGUGAGCCCACAAGAGAAGAAAAGACGGCAGAGGCCUACGCAGAAGGUCACGACGCCGAUAUCCCCUCUAGUCUGGGCUAUGUACUCGAUGAGCGCGGCGAACAGCAAAGAAGACGAUCCCUAGCAAGACACAGACGGGCAUCAGACGCGCGGAAAUCAACUACGAGCAACCAUAGACAUGAAGAUAUUGAGAAGGGUCCUCAAACAAACGAGCCGGACGGUGGAGAAAGUUCAGAGGACGAGAAUGUGGUAUGGUGGGAUGGCGACGACGAUCCUCAAAACCCAUACAACUGGCCAACCUGGAGGAAAGUCAUGACAUGCACACUGAUCAGUGCCAUGACAUUCGUCACCCCCCUUGCUUCAUUCUACGUACUCGGCUUCGCAGCAGGACCCCUCCUGUGCGCUCCUCUCAGCGAGAUCUACGGCCGCACGAUAGUCUAUCAUAUCUGCAACUUCUGCUUCAUAUGCUUCAAUAUCGGCGCCGCCUUCGCCCCGACCCUAAACGCUCUCAUCGUAUUCCGGUUAUUCGCAGGUAUCUUCGGCUCGUGCCCCAUCACUAACGGGGGCGGCUCCAUCGCCGACAUGAUCCGUCAGGAGAAGCGUGGUGUCGCCAUGUCUGUCUUCAGUAUCGGACCUCUCCUCGGUCCGAUCGUAGGCCCGGUUGCUGGUGGGUUUUUGAGUGAAAGCGCGGGGUGGCGCUGGACGUUCCGAUUACUCUCGAUCGUGUCAGGCGUCAUUAGCAUCAUCAUGGUCAUUUUCCUCAAGGAGACGUAUGCGGCCGUCAUUCUGGACAAGAAGGUUCGUCGGCUCCAAAAGGAGACGGGGAACAAGAUGCUGCGAUCGAAGCUUGACAUUGGUCUUUCAUCAGCCGAUUACUUCAAGCGCGGUAUCGUUAGACCUCUCAAAAUGAUCGCCUUCUCGCCAAUCACUCAAAUAUUUGGCUUCUACAUCGCCGUCGUAUACGGAUAUCUGUACCUCAUGUUCACCUCCAUUACGUCCGUCUUCAUGCUUCAGUAUCAAUUUAGCGCCGGUACAGCCGGUCUAGCCUUCCUCGGUCUAGGUGUUGGCUCCAUGAUCGGCGUGGUAUUCUUCAGCAUUACUUCAGACAAGUAUGUGAAAAAGAAAGCGGCCGAGGCCGAUGCAGCCGCAGACGAAGCUGGAACAGCUCGCGAGGGAAUGAAGCCCGAAUACCGGCUGGUUUCGCUUCCGGCCGGCGCCCUUUUCCUUCCCGCAGGCCUCUUCAUCUAUGGCUGGACAGCGGAGUACGGUGUGCACUGGAUCGUACCAAUCCUUGGCACUUCCAUCAUUGGCGUUGGCAACCUCAUCAUCUUCAUGGCGUUGCAACUUUAUCUGGUUGACUCGUUUACCAUCUAUGCGGCUUCCGCGCUGGCAGCGAAUGCAGUCGUGCGGUCCGUGGCUGGCGCUGUUCUGCCUCUUGCUGGUCUGAAGAUGUAUGAGGAUUUGGGCGUGGGUUGGGGAAACAGUGUUCUUGGAUUCAUUGCGGCAGCUUUAGUGCCCGUGCCGUUCUUGAUCAUAAAGUAUGGCGAAUAUCUUCGGAAGAACUUCGAGGUGAAGAACUUGUAA